UGAAAUACUUCUACUUACCCAUCCCAGGCCACCCUUUCCCCUAUUUAAACCCAAUUUAUCUCAUUGAGUUGGAAAAAAGAGAAAAAAGAAAGAAAGGUAAGAGCAUAGAAUUUCAUCCUUGGCCUUGUACCCAGUAGACAAACAAGAUCUUCAUCUGCUACAUCUAGUUUGAGUAGAGAUCAUGGAAGUGGCUGUGGAAGUUGAAGAUGAUUUGUUCUUCGCAGAUUUAAACAAACAGAUCUCUCUUUUAAUCAUGGACGACGAGGAAGAUGACCAAGUUGCAAACUUUCCAGUGUCUUACCAGGAUUUGUCUCGAGCAAUCCAUCCACCUGAGCGAUUUCCUCCAAUUCCGUACGAGCAAAUUACAUGCCGAAGAGAAAGCAAAGGGACCGGAGUUUUCAUCCCUCAGUUGUCACAGCCUAAAAGGAAGCACAGACAAGGAAGAUCAUUUGCUUCUUACAACACAAUAUCCCGUAGAAAGCCUGAUACUACAAGGAUGGUUUCUCAAGAUUCUUCAAACCAUCAUUCUAAUUUCAAACCGAGAAAAGGUUGAUGAUCAGUAGAGACCCUUAUGAAAUGUAUAAUUGAAUAAUUUCUAGUACUAGUUCAAUAAUUAGGCAAGAUUCCUAAAAUAUUAAGAUUUGUAAAUGGCGAUCAUGGAGAUCAGGUUUUUCAAAGGUUUCUUCUCCCCUCCAAUAUUUGUGAACGAUAGGCCGCAUGUAUGGCUAGCUGUUAAUUGUACCGUUCAUUAAUUUUAAGGGAUUGACCAUCGAUUUCAUCUUUUUUA